AUGGCGGCUAAAUCGGACGGGGUCCUGAAGAUGAAGAAGAGUGACGUGGCCUUCACCCCCCUGCAGAACUCGGAGCACUCGGGCUCGGUGCAGGGGCUCCACCCGGGCGGCCAGCCCGACUCUGCGGGCACCGGGGACGGGGACUUCGCCAACGGGGAGUCGCGGUGCUGCGGCGGGGGAGGCACCAACUCGACGUGUCUUCGCCUGGGCAAGGAGCAGCAGAAGUACACGGUGUGGGACUGCCUGUGGAUCGUAGCCGCAGUGGCCGUGUAUCUGGCCGAUGUGGGCACCGACGUGUGGCUGUCGGUCGACUACUACCUCCGCCGCGAUUACUGGUGGUUCGGCCUGACUCUCUUCUUCGUGGUGCUGGGCUCCUUCUCGGUCCAGCUCUUUAGCUUCAGAUGGUUCGUCCACGACUUCAGCACCGAGGACGGCGCAGAUUCCGCCGCCGAUUGCUCCCACAUGGAUGGGAAUAAGCUGCUGAGCGGCUCGGCCUCACACGGCGACGUUACCGCUCAACACCACCCGGCCACGCCGCAGAGACAGGCGUCGACGGCCAGCAAGAACACCACGACCAACAGCACCGCGAGCACCGCGGUGGGCAGCAGGAGUAGGAAACGAUCGGCCUACUACUCCUUCUGCGUCUGGUUCGGCCAGUCCGUCAUCCACAUCCUCCAGCUGGGCCAGAUAUGGAGGUAUUUCCAUACCAUCUACCUGGGCAUUCGGAGCCGUCAGAGUGCCGAGACGGAGCGCUGGCGUUACUACUGGAGGAUGGUCUACGAGUUUGCAGAUGUGAGCAUGCUGCAUCUACUGGCCACCUUUCUGGAGAGUGCUCCACAACUGGUGCUUCAGCUGUGCAUCAUCAUACAGACACACAAGCUCCAGGCUGUGCAAGGUAUGACAGCAGCAGCCUCCCUUGUCUCUCUGGCUUGGGCUCUGGCCUCCUACCAGAAGGCCCUGCGAGAGUCUCGGGAUGACAAGAAGCCAAUCAGCUACCUGGCUGUCAUCAUCCAGUUCUGCUGGCACUUCUUCACCAUCGCAGCAAGGGUCAUCACUUUCGCCCUUUUCGCCUCUGUCUUUCAACUGUACUUUGGCAUCUUCAUCGUCCUGCACUGGUGCAUCAUGACCUUCUGGAUUGUCCACUGUGAGACGGACUUCUGCAUCAGCAAGUGGGAGGAGAUUGUGUUUGACAUGGUGGUGGGCAUAAUCUACAUCUUCUCCUGGUUUAACGUCAAGGAAGGGAGGACAAGGUGUCGGCUUUUCAUCUAUUACCUGGUGAUCUUGGUGGAGAAUGCUGCUCUCAGCGCGUUGUGGUAUCUCUACCGAUCGCCUCACACCACUGACGCCUUUGCAGUGCCAGCACUCUGCGUCAUCUUCAGCAGUUUCCUCACUGGAGUGGUUUUUAUGCUCAUGUACUAUGCCUUUUUCCAUCCCAACGGGCCACGCUUUGGACGCUCGCUGAGCGGCCAGGGUCUCGACCUGGACCCCACUUCUCAGUUCUCCACACUACCGUCGGAAGGCGCCACCAACUCGCUACGCUCCAACAGAGGUGCCACCACGACGCUGGAGCGUGACACGGGGAAGUAUUCUGAGCGGGACGGCUGCAUGCCAGUGUUUCAGGUCCGACCCACAGUGCCAUCUACUCCAUCGUCUCGUGCUCCGCGCCUCGAAGAGACCGUCAUCAAGAUCGACCUUUGUAGGAACCGCUACCCAGCCUGGGAGCGUCAUGUCCUCGACCGCAGUAUACGCAAGGCAAUCCUGGCUAUAGACUGCUCCUUGACUCCUCCACGGCUGCAGUACAAAGAUGACGCUCUGGUGCAGGAGAGAUUGGAAUAUGAGACCACUCUAUAG